GUGGCGCUCGUAUCUCGUCCGGUUUGUGCGAGUUGUCGGCAAUCGCGCUCGGUUUAUGUCCGUUUUGUGUGUGAGGGUGUGAGCACGUGCCUUGUGUGGCGUCUUCCUUCCCUCGUGCUGCAAAAACCGCCAAGAUUCGGGUGAAGAACCGUGAUCCGGUGCCGGCGUACGCGAUGGCCGACGCCGACCGUGAUUCGGACCUUGGAGACGAUAGUCCGGUGUCUGCGCGGUCCGAAGGCGAGUCAUCAGGAGAGCAAUCCUGCGAAAGUUCAGACGAGGGCGUCGGUCGCGACGCGCCUGUUACCCACCAGGGCCUGCAACCCCACCAGCCUCACCAGCAUCAGAUGCACCAGCCCCACACUCCACACCAGCCGCUCCAGCCGCUCAACAUGAACCACCACGCGACUGUCAGCCACCAGCCGAUGAACAGUCACCAAAUAAACCAUAAUCAGAGGAAUUCACCGAGACCGCAUGAAAGGGAGUUGAAA